CCCCCCCCCCCCCCCGGCAGGCUUCAAAACUUCAGAAGAACACCCCACCUGCAUGGUCUCCCAGCGUCGUCCCAGACAUUUGUUCUUUGUUCCCUCAUCCCAUCCCAUCCCAUCCCAUCCCGUCUAUCCCUUCUGGAACAUCUCAUCUCAUCUCAUCCCAUGCUUCUACCUCUCCUACCUCCGACGUCGUAUCAAACGUAAAUUCGGACGAGACUUUUUGACCUUCAAUCCAACCCAGGAAACCUCCCGAGUCAUCCAUCAUACAGUAUUUGCCUUCCCGCACAGGGCUCAUUCAUCUCCAAGCCAACUCCACUCACAUAGUGGAGACUCUCUGCUCCAUUCGGGCUUUAUCUCAGACGCGCAGGCGCGAGGACCCUUGUCUUUUUAUCCUGUCUUGGCAAAUGGCAUUGUGCUCCAUUCGCCUCGCUUGAAUGAACCCCUUUUCUCACUCCACUAGGUAGACCUUUGAGAGUCUUGAGAUCUGAGGUGAUGUGAUUUUCUAGCAGAACAUAUCUAAAUACCCCAUAAAGAGAGGCAAGGAGGCAGUAGAUUUUCGGUAGGUGAAUCAAUCAUCUUGACUCCAGCGUAGGGACUUGGAUCGUUACGGGGAUGGGGAUGUAGGGUCGAGACCGGUAGGUCUAGACUCGUUUUCGAGGCUUUGUAUGUAUGUGCAUUUAAUGCCCUGAAAAGUGUUCUGGCCAUAGAAGAUGGAUUCAUAGGAUACUACUACCGGUGGUAUCAGACGAGACAAGAUGUUGUAUGGCAGAGAAAGCAUGAAAUGAUAUCAUUGACGCUAUUCCCACAAUUGGCUCAAAGCAAAUCUAUCUAUCUGACUCUCCGUCCAUCUUGCCUCCACGAAGUGAUCGUCAAAUGCUAAUCGAGAUGUGCAGUUUGUAGUAUGCAGAAACAUAUCUACGGCUUGCAGCGACCCAUGAAGCGAGGAUACAGACAGCAGGUACGAACAGAGUGUUGCUUGCAGAUCCAGGCAAUAAAUCGCUCAAGACCUAAUCCGUAACCACCGUGAGGGGAAGUGCCAUACCUGUCAUUCGGUUAGCAACCAUGUAUGUUUCAAUCUAAAGGAAAACUUACUUUCGCUGCUCGGUGUACCAGUAGUACUCCUUUGGUGAGAUACCCUCUCUCUUAUACGCAUCCAUCAACUCCUGAUAGCCCUCCAUUCUCAUCGACCCACCAACGAUCUCACCAACGCCAGGCAUGAGUACAUCGACACUCUCCGUUACACGUGGGUCCAAGGGAUCCUUCUUCAUGUAGAAAGCCUUGAUCUCGACUGGGAAAUGGGUGAGGAGGAUAGGGAGGUUGAUGAUGUCGGUCAUUCUUCGCUCGGCCGCCUCAGCAAUAUCGUCUCCGAACACAUGGGGGUUGCCUUCUUCGUUGAGGAUAGGGGGGUUUUGAGCGUUCAACCAGUCAAUGGCAUCAGAAUAUCUCAUUCUCUUGAAUGGUCUGGAAGGAGGUUGGAAUUCGGGGUUGAGCUCCUUGAUGUAGCCAGCAAUCUCCUUAUCCUCCAAGAUGGUAGUGAUGACUCUGCUGAUCAUCUCCUCCAAGUGAUCCAGCAAAUCGUCGAAGUCAAUGAAAUCGAGCUCGGCUUCAACGUGGGUAUAUUCGGACAAGUGACGACGAGUUAAUGACUUCUCAGCACGGAAAGACUUCUCAAUGCAGUAAACGUUUCCAAGACUGGGGAGACCAGUCUCCAGGUACAGUUGGGAAGAUUGAGUCAGAUACGUCUUCUCUCCGUAGUAAUCCAAUUCAAACAGUGUAGAUCCGCCUUCGACUUGUGUUUGAACAAACGCUGGAGGACUGAUCUUGGUGAAAUGAAGCUCUCUGUAUGCCUUUGCGAAUGCCCACUCAACAGCAGAUCUAACCUUCAUAACUGAUGAAGCAGUGUCACCUCGAAGAACUAAGUGACGGUUGUCCAACAUUGCCGAGUCCCAUUGAUCUUGUUGAGCCGAAACUCUGUUGGUGAUAGCAUCUGCAUCUGAAGGACUUGCCCCAAUGACCUUGUAAUAAUCGACAUGGAGUUCGCGGUUAUCGGGAGCAGUCUGACCAGCCAGGACCUUUCUCAUUUCCCCAAACAGCGUGAGGGAAGUACCCUGAGCGAAAGUGAGAGCCUCGUAGGUCUUCGUCAAGUUGCCAGAAAUAACACAUUGCAAAUGUCCAUAUCCAUCAAUCAAUGUAAGGAAGGUUGCUUGCUUCUGUUGUCGCAGUCUGUGUAUGCGUCCAGAAACCUUAACUCGCGUGCCCUUAACGUCUCCCUCGCCCAACUCAAUGCUCUUGUCUCCAAUUGUGAUCUUAACGGCUUUCGGCAGACUCGAGUCCUCGGUGAGAACAAUCUUCUUCGCAUCUUCGAGGGUUUUCAAGCGUGCCUUCUCCUUCUCCUCCUCUUGGGCGGCUUGCUGUUGUUGUUUCAGGACCUUCUUCUUGUGUGCAUCCAAUGCGCUCGCGGCCUUCUUCACAGCAGCUUUGGCAGGUUCUUUCCAUACAAGUCUCUCUGCUGGAUCUCCAUCUGCACUGACUGGGCCGGUCACAGAUGCGCGCGAUUGGUAUGUCUUCCCAUCACUCCCACCCUGUUGAAUGUAGGCGUAUGCCAGCGACUUGUAUGGUUUCGACUCCUCUCCAGUUGCUGUCUCGUCAUCUUUGCCGGCAUCCGUAUCGACGUAAAUGGUAUCCAUCUUAACUCGGCUUGCGAGUUCUUGUACUGCGGCCAUGUUGGUGAAAAUAUGGUGUGUUGCUGUUCUCAAUUGACAAUUCUCGACUUUUUGGUGGGGGAGAUAUGCUACAGUUCUGAAGACUCACCGCUUUGAGUCACCCCUCAAUCAGGGUGUGGCAGUAUCCGAAACUCCUGAGAUUUUAGUGGACUAGGGGACUGAGCUGGAAGCCAUUUACGCGGGUUCAACGCGUGCCGACGCGACGAGGCAUCAUCGUCUUUGUGUCGUCUGCCAAAUUCUCUGUUUUGAUUUCUUGACUGCGCCUCUCCAAUUCCACCGAUUAAAAUAAAUAUCAACGUAAUACCAAAUUCUCUGUUUUGAUUUCUUGACUGCGCCUCUCCAAUUCCACCGAUUAAAAUAAAUAUCAACGUAAUAGAAUACGAAAGAACGAGGUAGAAGUUUGAUCUGCCUAGAAUCGCUAUUCUCUCAACAGCAAGCGCGACUGUUGCCUUCAGGUAGCACGCAGGCUGAUCCUACUUCUCUUCGCCAUCUCCCGAUGAUAUCAGUCUUCUACAACCACAACCUCCUCAGACAUAAUUGUGGCUUCUCGAAGAUUGAUCGGCACGCUCUUUACGCAGAGACAGGUUCUUAAGUUAUUCAAGAUGCCGCCCAAACAAGCAACACUGGGCAAAUUCUUCGGGAAACCCAAUGGCACAAAUGCUCCAGCCAAGCAAUCGAAGCUCGCUUUCUCCACAAAGCCUUCCAGCGUUACCCCCAGUUCCAGCGCGACCAUGGAGAAUGAAGAUACCGAGAUGAAGGAUGAGGAGUCAGAUACGGAAGUCAAGCCUAGGACCAAGAAAGAAGAGCCCAUUGACUCGAAGGAGAACAUGAAGCCUGGUAAUGAGACGAAGAAGCGAUCGAGAUCCCCACCUGCUGCAGAAGUCAAGUCAGAGACGAAGGACAAAGUCAAGAAGGAAAUCGUAGAAGUGGAGGAAGAUGAUGACGAAGAGCCUGUUCUAAAGCGACCUCGACGAGGUGCCAACACGUUUAAAAAAGACGCAGAGGAAGUGGAGGUUGAAAGUAAACCAGCAGCGAAACCUAAGCCCGGACCCAAGAUCAAAGCAAAAGCAGCUCCCAAGAAAUCAUCAAUGCCGCCACCAGCGAAGAAAGGCAAAUCAGAGGUCAAGAAGGAGGAAGAGGAUGAUGACGAAGUUGAAGUGGUCAGCUCAAGCGCAAGCUCGAAGAGACGAGCAUCCAACGCUUCUUCUGUUUCCGAGGUCGAUGAAGAGCUGGAGGAGGACGAGGAGGACGAAAAGCCCGAGGUUGCAGCCAAAACCCGUGAGAAGAUUCAGACAACACUCAAGGCAAAGGCGAAGGAUCCAUUUCCAGACUGGAGGCCCGGAGAGCCAGUACCAUAUGCAGCUCUCUGCACAACAUUCUCCCUGAUCGAGAUGACUACGAAGCGGCUGGUCAUAGCUGCACACUGUUCUCUGUUCCUUCGACAAGUUCUAAGGCUGACUCCAGAAGAUAUGCUGCCAACCGUCCUUCUUAUGAUUAACAAGCUGGCUGCAGAUUAUGCUGGAAUUGAACUUGGGAUUGGCGAGUCCUUGAUUAUGAAAGCCAUUGGUGGCAGUACCGGUCGUAGUCUUGCAAUAAUCAAGGAAGAUCAGAAGCAAAUUGGUGAUCUCGGCUUGGUUGCCGUCAAGAGUAGAGCCAACCAACCAGUGAUGUUUAAGCCAAAACCUUUGACGAUUCGAGCUGUUCACAAAGGACUGAUGGAUGUUGCCACGACAUCUGGAGAUGGAGCUCAAGGCCGGAAGGUUGAUCUGAUCAAGAAAUUGCUCGCUGCCGCCGAUAUAAACAUGUCUGGCAAGGUUGACAUCAACAAGGACAAGGGUGGAGCAAGUGAGGCAAAAUUCAUUGUACGGUUUCUUGAGGGAAAACUACGUCUUGGUCUUGCCGAGAAAACUGUACUUGUUUCUCUGGCACAGGCCAUGGUGUGCCACGAGAUUGAGGCCAAGGGAUCUGGAAAGGUUCCAAGUACAGAGCAACUGGCAAAGGGAGAAUCGAUACUGAAGGCUGUUCACAGUGAACUACCGAGCUACGAUGUGAUCAUUCCAGCAAUGUUAGAACAUGGCAUCUUUAAUCUUCGCGACAACUGCAAACUUCAACCUGGUGUACCUUUGAAGCCCAUGUUGGCAAAACCAACCAAGGCUAUUACAGAAGUAUUGGAUCGAUUCGAAAACCAAACCUUUACUUGCGAAUACAAGUAUGAUGGUGAGAGAGCUCAAAUCCACUACGUAGCAAAGGACUCGCCUCAACAAUACCGCGGCCCUGCUUCGGCAGCUACCAAGACGGAAAGCGGUGGACUCGCUGCAAUCUUCUCCCGUAACUCCGAAGAUCUCUCCAAGAAGUACCCCGAUAUCCUUGCUAAACUCAAUACCUGGGUCAAGCCAGAUACAAAGAGCUUCGUCCUCGACUGUGAGACUGUGGCCUGGGAUCUGGUCGAGAAGAAAGUCCUCCCAUUCCAACAGCUCAUGACUCGAAAGAAGAAAGAUGUAAAGAUAGAGGAUGUGAAAGUCAAAGUCUGUGUCUUCGCUUUUGAUCUCUUGUUCUUGAAUGGAGAUGCAGUUGUUGGAAAGUCUCUUCGGGAGCGUCGAGAGCUUCUCCACGAAUCUUUCAUUCCUGUAGAAGGAGAGUUCACAUUUGCUACUAGUAUGGAUGGACAGGAGAUCGACGAGAUACAACUGUUCCUAGAUGAGAGUGUGAAAGCUUCUUGUGAGGGUCUUAUGGUGAAGAUGUUGGAUGGGACAGAGAGUGGUUACGAGCCUAGCAAGCGAAGUAGGAAUUGGCUCAAGAUCAAAAAAGACUAUCUCUCAGGCAUAGGCGACUCCCUCGACCUCGUCGUCCUCGGCGCCUACCACGGCAAAGGCAAACGUACCUCCGUCUUUGGCGCCUUCCUCCUCGCCUGCCACAAUCCCACCACCGAUACCUACGAAACAAUCUGCAACAUCGGCACCGGUUUCUCAGAAGCCCUCCUCUCAACCCUCCACGCCGAACUCUCCCCUCUCAUCAUCGACCGCCCCAAACCCUUCUACUCCCACUCUGCCGGCAGCGCGCACCAGCCUGAUGUCUGGUUCGAGCCAAAGGUCGUCUGGGAGGUCAAGACGGCGGAUCUUACUCUCAGUCCGAGGUAUAAGGCUGGUUGCAAGGAGGGUCUUGAGGGCGGUGGGGAUAAGGGAAUCAGUUUGAGAUUCCCACGGUUCAUCAAGAUCCGUGAUGAUAAGAAACCGGAUAUGGCGACGAGUUCGAGACAGGUGGUGGAGAUGUAUAGGAAGCAGGAGAGUGUGACGAAGAGCAAGGGCCCGGCGGUUGAUGAUGACUUCGAGUAUUGAUUGUGUGGACUCGCUUUCCCUGGGCGGGCAAGAGAAGAGUGAUGUGGAGAGUACGUAUAUGUGCUUUGCUAUAUUGCUGUGUUCGCUAGUUCUGUUGUCUUGUCCUCGAUGGAGCCGACCUCGCUUGUUGCGUUUGCGAAUAGAGGCUUGUACGCAGAAACGAAAAUUUCUUCUCUAUCUGUAUUGAAUAAACAAAGGGAUUAGGACUGCAAAGUUGGGCGUUAUGGCUUCUAGCUUUUAUAUCUGCUUGAUCAACCCAGGGCAGAAAUGGAACAAUAUGGCACGGCGUGGAAUUAUUGCUUGUAUUCGGCUGCACACACGGCAUUUCUACUAAGAACAGACAUUGCUUGCGAAUCUCGAAAUCAAUAAAUAAAUAAAUCAAUAAACACAACUCUCGAACCACUACAGUGCACUGCUCUUGAUUUUCGUG